GGAUGUCCUGUGUGCGCGACUUCCGGGUCUUUGGUUCCGCGGGCCUCCAACUGCCAGUGCGCAGACUCGUGUUUCUCCGGAAGAAUGGCGGCAGCGGGCUCGUCGUCGUUCGUGUUUUGUUGGGUUUUUGUCCACGGAGCAGCAGCGGGAGAGUUAAUAAAGCUGGAAGAUAGAAAGAGCAGCAGUUGGUGAACUGUGGAAAGAAGAGAAACGGCUUGAAGCUCAGCUGGAACUGCUCAGGAAGUGUUAAAGGAAAGUUUGGAGAGAGAAAAGCUAGCAGAGAUGUGGAGACAGCAGGUCAAGCAGCGACUGGAUGCAGCAGAGGAGCAGAGACACCACAUCCUGGAUGCUGCUUUCAGCCCCCAACAUCUGCUGCACACAUCAGAACUGCCUGCAGAUGUUCAAGAGACGGUGGUGGUUAAAGAAGAGGUUCCUGAAGAAGAGAGCGCUGAUGUGGACCUGCAGGACUCAGAGCCUGUCAUUAUAAAGGAGGAAGAUGAGGGACUCUGGAGCAGUGUGGAGGAAGAGCAGCUCAGUGUAAAGGAGGAGACUGAUGUCACCAGGUUUCGAGUCAUUACUGUUCUCACAAAGAGUGAAGAUGAUGAAGGGAAUCUUCUCUUCUCACAGCUUCAAAAUCACCAAACGGAUGGGGGAGAUCCUGCAAUCAGCAGCUCAGCUGAGCAGAUGAAAGAAGUGAUGGAUGAAGAGGAAUGUGGGGGACCAGAAUGCAGCACGGAGCAAGAUCUGAACACUCAUGGAGAAACUUCCAACUCCUCAGAGACUGAAGAGACCAAGAAUGAUGAUGUGGACCAUCCUGACUCUGACCUAAAGCCCUCGUCUGAGUCUGGAUCUGAAACUGAAGACAGUGACGACGAGCAGAAGGAGAGCCGGGCUCCUGAAUCAGGUGGAAACACCGUCAACAGAUCUCUGAGUUGCUCUGAGUGUGGCCAACGGUUUGUCAACAAGCUCUCUCUGCAGAGCCACAUGACAGCUCACUCAACAGUAAGGUCUUCCAGCUCAGCGAGUACGGUCCAAGCAGAUCUAAAACUUUAUAGUUGUCCUGACUGCGGUAAAAGUUUUAACAGGAAGGAUUAUCUAAACAAACACAUGAAAUGCCACACAGGAGAGAAACCCUAUAUUUGUGAUCUUUGUGAACAAAGAUUUAGGGUUAAAUCAAAGCUAAAUAGACAUAUGAAGAUCCACACAGGAGAAAAACCAUUUAGUUGUGAGGUUUGCGAACAAAAAUUUAGAGUUAAAUCAAGUUUAAACAGACACAUGAGAAUCCAUACAGGAGACAAACCAUUUAGUUGUGAUUUUUGUGGACGAACAUUUCGCAACAAGUCAACUUUAAACAAUCAUAUCAGAAUUCAUGCAGGAGAAAAAGCUUUUAAUUGUGAUGUUUGCGAUCAAAGAUUCAGGUUAAAGGCAACUUUAAAAAGCCACAUGAGAGUCCACACAGGAGACAAACCAUUUAUUUGUGAUGUUUGUGGGCAAAGAUUCAUCGAAAAAUCAGCAUUAAACCGUCACAUGACGAUCCAUACUGGGGAUAAACCAUUUAGUUGUGAUGUUUGUGGGAAAAGAUUUAGUGAAAAUUCACAUUUAAACUGCCAUAUGAGAAUCCACACAGGAGAUAAACCAUUUAGUUGUGAGGUCUGUGGGCAAAGAUUUAGAUUUAAAUCAAAUCUAAACAGACACGUGAAAAGUCACACAGGAGAGAGACCAUUUGGUUGUGAUCUUUGUGGCCGCAGAUUUUUUCAAAAGUCUGCUUUAAAUGGUCACAUGACAAUCCACAGAAGAGACAAACCUUUUGGAUGUGACGUUUGUGGCCGAAGAUUCACAGAAAAGCCCACUUUAAAAAAUCACAUGAGAAUCCACAAAGGAGGAGAAAUUGUGUAGAUGGAAAUAUUAACACAGCUGUAAUUCCUGCGCAUGUGUGGCUUCCUCCAGCUGGCCAAAAGGAGACUAUUACCCGAUUAAUUGUUCUCACUACAUUGCCCAUAGGUAGUGUCUGUUUGUGUGAUUGUAUACACACACACACACACACACACACACACACACACACACACACACACACACACACACACAACCCAAAC